AUGCACAUUGCAGAUCGGAACGUAGAAGCGAGAUCGUACCUCCGAAUGAUCGACGUGAAUCGACCGGCGGACUGUGAGGAAGAAGUGGGGGUUUCUUCGCCGAACAGCACGGUUUCGAGCGUGAGCGGGAAGAGGAACGAGAGUGAGAUCGAGAGAGCUUUGCGUUUUCAGGGAAUCGGCGACGAAGAUGACGGCGGCGGCGGGGGAGAAAGGAAGAAGUUGAGGUUGACGAAGGAACAGGCGGCGGUGCUGGAAGAGACGUUCAAGGAUCACAACACACUCAAUCCGAAGCAAAAGGUGAGCCUGGCAAAGCAGCUGAAUCUGCGCCCUCGACAAGUGGAAGUGUGGUUUCAGAACAGAAGGGCAAGGACCAAGUUGAAGCAAACAGAGGUAGACUGCGAGUACUUAAAGAAGUGUUGUGAGAAUCUGACGGAAGAGAACAAGCGGUUACUGAAGGAAGUGAAUGAACUUAGAGCACUCAAACUUUCCCCACAGUUGUCCAUGCACAUGAAACCUCCCACCACCCUCACCAUGUGCCCUUCAUGUGAGCGUGUGGCAGCUGUUUCAUCAUCCUCAUCCUCUGUUGCAACUGAUGCAGCCCAAGCUCGCCUCCACAACCGGUCGGAUCCUAGUCACCACCGACCUGUACCCACUCACCCAUGGACCACAAAAACCGUCUCCCAACAGCCGUUUGAACCCCAUCGUGCUCAGUCAUAGCUAUGCACUCUUGAAGAAAAAGAAAAAGAAAAAAAAAAAAAAAAAAAAAAUUGCAUAUAAUGGUGAUUUAGUUGGUUUUUGGAACAAGGGUAUUUUAGUCAUUUUUAAUUGGUAGGUAUAUGAGUGGUAGUGAGUAUAUAUAUAUUUAUUUCCCAAGU